AUGCCCACCAGAUUGAGCAACACCCGCAAGCACCGCGGUCACGUUUCCGCCGGUCACGGACGUGUCGGAAAGCACAGGAAGCACCCCGGUGGUCGUGGUAUGGCUGGUGGUCAGCACCACCACAGGACCAACAUCGACAAGUACCACCCUGGUUACUUCGGAAAGGUUGGUAUGAGGUACUUCCACAAGCAGCAGAACCACUUCUGGAAGCCCGUCAUCAACCUCGACAAGCUCUGGUCGCUCGUCCCCGCUGAGAAGCGCGAGGAGUACCUCGCCAAGAAGGGUGACAAGGCCCCCGUCCUCAACCUCCUCGACUUCGGCUACUCCAAGGUCCUCGGCAAGGGCCGCCUCCCCGAGGUCCCCAUCAUCGUCCGCGCCCGCUACUUCUCCGCUGAGGCCGAGAAGAAGAUCAAGGAGGCCGGUGGUGUUGUUCAGCUCGUCGCAUAA